AUGAGAGGCCAUAGCUACAAUAUGUACAAUGCUGUCUAUGCUGUAGCACAUGCCUUGCAGUCAAUGCAUUCCUCUAAAUCUAAAAGAAGAAAUUGGAUGGAUUUGGAGAAGCAGAAGUUUCAGGACCGACAAUCACAGCAGCUUCACUCUUUUCUGAGAAGUGUCUCCUUCAACAACAGUGUGGGUGAAAAGAUCUCCUUCGACAGACAUGGAGAGUUUAUUGGCGGACUUGAUGUUCUAAACUGGAUCACUUAUCCAAACCGUUCAUUCUCAAAGACAUACCCCAUUUCUUUGUGUAAUGAUCAUUGCCAGAAAGGCUAUAGGAAGACCAAGAAGGAAGGGAAGCCAUUUUGUUGUUAUGAUUGCCUUCCAUGUCCAGAAGGGAAGAUUUCAGCUGAAGAGGAUACAGCUGACUGUUCUUCGUGUCCUGAAGAUAAAUAUCCAACCCGCAACAGAGAUGCCUGCAUUCAUAAAGUCAUAACUUUCUUAUCAUAUGAUGAUGCUCUGGGAAUCAGUCUGGCUGUUUGUGCUCUUUCUUUUGCUGUCAUCACAUCUUGUAUGCUCAGGAUCUUCAUUCAACACCGGGAUACUCCCAUUGUCAACGCCAACAACAGAAAUCUCACCUACAUUAUCCUCAUCUCCCUUCUGCUCUCUUUCCUUUCUAUUUUGUUAUUUAUUGGGAGACCAAAUGAAGUUGUGUGUCUUCUUCGCCAACCAGCUUUUGGCAUCAUCUUCUCAGUGGCAGUUUCCUGUUUAUUGGCCAAAACCAUUGUGGUUGUCCUAGCAUUCAUGGCCACCAAACCUGGGUCCAAAAUGAGGAAUUGGGUGGGGAAAAGAAUGGUGAGCUCCAUCGUACUUUCCUGCUCUCUUAUUCAAGUCACUAUUUGUGCCUCAUGGUUAAUGAUAUCCCCACCAUACCCAGAUUUUGAUAAACAUUCAGUCUCUCAGGAAAUCGUACUAGAAUGCAAUGAAGGAUCGGUGACCAUGUUUUACUGUGUCUUGGGUUUUAUGGGCUUUUUGGCCAUUAUCAGCUUCUCUGCAGCUUUUCUGGCCAGGAAAUUACCUGAUAGCUUUAAUGAGGCCAAAUUCAUCACCUUCAGUAUGUUUGUCUUCUGCAGUGUUUGGUUAUCUUUUGUCCCCAGCUACCUGAGUACCAAAGGGAAAUAUAUGGUGGCUGUGGAGAUCUUCUCCAUCUUAUCUUCCAGUGCUGGCUUGUUGGGUUGUAUCUUUGCCCCCAAAUGCUUUAUCAUCCUGUUCAGACCUGAACUGAACAGCAAGCAUUUGCUCAUGAAGAGAUAA